AUGAACGGAUUCUCCUACGUCACCUCAGCCCUUGCUGGCGCCUUUCACGGGCUUCGCGGAGUCAGCAACAAAACCGAGGAUGUGGCCACCAUUGGCACCCCGGCGCCACACAACACGCACCCGUUGUGGACACCUCCGUCGGUCAUGAACACGAAACCUUCGGCUACACAGCAACAGCAGCAGAAGCAGCGAUCCGCUUUUACUCCUGGACUCUACAGUGCUGCUGCUGCUGGAACCUCGGGUGGGGCUGCACCGCGGACGCCCCGGACCCCCAGUGUGGAGCGAUGCGGCACGCCGGCGGCGUGUGGAGCUGCUUGGCCGCGGAGCCAGCAGCCACGGCCGUCGGCGGCGGCGGCAAGCGCCUCCAAGACCGCGCCGCCCGCCACAACCCCCCUUCCCGAGCGGAAGCGGCCGCGGCCGCACCCGCGGGACCCCAUCGAGGCCGCUGAACAGCCCCCCCGCGCUUUGCAGCGGCGCCGUGUCACACAGCAGCCGCAGCAGCCUUCGGCAGCGUCGAUGCAAGGUCGCAACUGUGCGGGUGAGGAGGCUCCUUGCCUGCUGCUUCCACGUCUGCGACACCAGCUGUUUCUGAGCAAGGCCAGGCUUCACCGGGAGGUCAACCGCCGACAGAGCGCAGCGGCCCAAGCGGAAUCCUUCGGGAAGCAGCUGUCUGAGGCCAAGCAGGUGAUUUCCGAGGUGAGGUCGCAGUAUGAGGAGCUUUUGAAGGCGGAGCGGGAGAAGUGGGAGCUUGAGCGCCAGCACGUGCAACAGCAGAAACAGGAGUGUGAGCAGCAGCGGCAGGAGGCUCUGCAAGAGCUCCAGCGCGCUCAGGAGAAAGCGAAAGUUCUGGAACGUGAUCACGCCGAAGCGACCAGUAAAGUUCAGCAGACGCAGGCCACCAAUAUGAAGCUCAGUCGUCAACUGGCCCAGCUGAUGACGGACUAUCAGAACCUCAAGGAGAGGCACGCGGAGUACGAAGAUCCACCAUUCGAGGAGAAGACGUUUAAGACCGGUCCGGACAGCCCUCCAAUAUUCUUUACUUGUCCAGCCCAAGGACAGGCUCCGAAGGUCGAUCCGUCCGCCAAGUUUACCUUUGGCACCAGGGCCCCUGAAAAACCGGCGAGCACCUUUACCGGCACAUUCCAUUGCCGUCCGGACCCCGAAUUUGACCGGGCCUUUAACAGUGGCUUUUUCCGUGAGUACGCAGCCGCGUUCAUGUCGCAGCAGCCCGGCGCGUCCUGGACGCAGCAGCCCAUUCCGACAUCGAGUAUGCCGGUCCUCAACGAAGCGACGUCUGUUGAGACGUUACUGCGGUUCCUGCGCGAGGCGGGGGCUGAGGGGCUCGUAAAGCCGGGCAUGGACCGAGCCAAGCUUCUUGAGCUGGCGCUGGCCAAGACGAAUUCCUGGGAGAUUCGUCGUGUCCUUGCAUGCCAGAAGAUGGGCGACAAGCUCAACGGCGCCCUGGAGGUGUUCCACAACCUCUGUGGGGAGGACCUGAGCAGGAUGUACAGGAAGAUGGCUCUGCAGCUGCACCCUGACAAGAACGGGGACGAUAAAGAGCUUGCUACCAAGGCGUUUCAGUAUUUGGGAGAGGCCGCCGCUUUUCUGGGUUGCAAGAAGUAG